AGUAGUUGUGGCGCACAGGCUUAGUUGCUCCAUGUUAUGUGGGAUCUUCCGGGACCAGGGCUCGAACCCAUGUCCCCUGCUUUGGCAGGCGGAUUCUUAACCGCUGUGCCACCAGGGAAGUCCCAGAAGUUAAAUUUUUUGAAGUUUCAGUUUAAACACUUGAAAGGGUCAGAAGGGCAGUCAAGGAAACUCUUCCCCUUUUCUAUCAACUUUUAUUUAUUACAAAACGAUGUAACAUUAAAUAGAAUGUAAAAAUUUAUCCAAAAUCUCACUGGUCUAACACAUUGCAAUAUUCCCAUUUUCUUCUCAGCCGUUCCUAUGCCUUAUUUUGGUAGGCAGUGGUCUACAUACAAUUUUGCAUUCUGCUUUUUUUUUUUGCACCACUCCGCGUGUGGAAUCUUAGUUCCUCAACGAGGGAUGGAACCCACGCCCCCUGCAUUGGAAGCCGAGUCUUAACCACUGGACAGCUAGGGAAGUCCCUCUGCUUUUUCACACAAUGUUAUAUCAUGAGCGUUUUUCAGGUUGUAACCUAGUCUUCCUUUUUUCAUGGCAUAAUAUUUCUGUCAGUAGCCAUCUUAUCACUUCUUGAACAAUUCCGGUCCCUGAACAUUUAUUUUUCUUCCAGCUUGUUUUGGCAUCAUAGCUUACACUUCAGACAUGUCUUUAGAGAUUCGUUACCUUAUCAUUGCUUCUCAGGCGCGCAGCAUUGUCCGGUCUGUGGGCCCAACUAUCUCCAUUGCUUUUAGGAGUGUCAUCGGGCCACAGGAAAACACCAAUGAAGGUCUUGCCUGUUCUCUUUAAUUUUUGUUACUUUUACAGUUGCCUCCUCGUCCCAAUCUGCCUUGCUCUAAUUUUUAGGGAGGAUGACACUUUAUCCACUGAUCUCCAGGUGAAAAGGCUCCCAUUUUGGGGGCGCGUGAGUCGAGAGCCGGGAAGCAUCACCUGUCUUGCCGGGUUUGCGCCCGGCCACGCCCCACCGGCCCAGCUCAGCCCCGCCCCGCCCCGCCCGCAGGACUACACUUCCCAGGCGCCCCUGCGCGGCGAGCGCGGCCGCAGCUUCCAGCAGCCGGUUGGGACGCGGGGGCCGAGGCGCAGGCGGGACGUAAUGGCUGCGUGGGGCGAGCGGCUGGCCGGCGUGCGUGGGGUGCUGCUGGACAUCUCAGGCGUGCUGUACGACGGCGGUGAGGGUGGCGGCGCGCCGAUCGCAGGCUCUGUGGAGGCGCUGGCGAGACUGAAGCGGUCGCAGCUGAAGGUGAGGUUCUGCACCAACGAGUCGCAGAAGUCCCGGGGGGACCUGGUGGGGACGCUUCGGCGCCUGGGCUUCGACAUCUCAGAGGGCGAGGUGACCGCCCCGGCCCCUGCCACCUGCCUGAUCCUGAAGGAGCGAGGCCUGCGGCCACACCUGCUCAUCCACGACGGAGUCCGCUCGGAAUUUGAUCAGAUCGACACGUCCAACCCAAACUGUGUUGUAAUUGGAGACGCAGGAGAAGGCUUUUCUUAUCAAAACAUGAAUAAAGCUUUCCAGGUGCUCAUGGAGCUGGAGAAUCCCGUGCUCUUCUCACUGGGAAAAGGAAUCCACAGUUUCUUCUUUGUGGCCAGAACACUCAGACGCUUCUACAAGGAGACCUCUGGCCUGAUGCUGGACGUUGGCCCCUACACGAAGGCGCUUGAGUAUGCCUGUGGUAUCGAAGCCGAGGUGGUGGGGAAACCUUCCCCUGCGUUUUUCAAGUCUGCUCUGCGGGAGAUGGGGGUGGAAGCCCACCAGAAGAGAAGCCACAGAAAGACACAGAAGUCAGCCAUAUGAAGACGAGGCAGAGAUGGGAGUGAUGCGGCCACAAGCCAAGGAAUGCCUGGGGCCCCAGAAGCUGGAAGAAACCAAGCAAGAGCCUUUGGAGGGAGUGUGGCCUUGCCAACACCUUGAUUUUGGACUCCUGGCCUCCACGACUGUGAGAGAAGAAAUUCAUGUUGCCUGAAGUCCCCUAGUUUGUGGUACUUUGUAACAGUUAGUAUUAGCCAGGCUCGUGUAGACUCACCGAAGCAAAUAUCCGACGUCAUGUCAUUUAGUCGGACAUUUCAGUCCAGAGCUGGAGACUGGCGGGCUGGGGAGGGGUGGGGAGGCGGGUCAGGGAGACUGAGGGUUUGGGGCCUGGACAGCUGGUGGGGGUUUGGGUGAGGGGUUGGGCCCUCGGGGCAGCUGGGGUCUGUGGGUAGUCCUGCCUUGGCCUCCUUAUGAUGGAGAGGCGUGUUGGACCUCCAGGUGGAGACCCCUGGCGGGCGAUGGGUUUUCAGGUCUGGAGCUCCGAGUGACAGGCCCGGGCUGAGAUGAACCACGAAUCUUGUCCAGCAAAGCCUGGGCGGGAACCUGGGCCCCGGACAGCGAGGUUGGCUCUUUCGGCUGUGUCCUUCUCGUGGGCCAAGGUCGGUGGCUUGAAGCCUUCCGGAAAAGAACAGAGAAGGGGGACAUUUUAGAAUGAAAGUGUGCAUUUUUAAACACAUGGCUUCUCUCAACUUCUAAGUAGCAGUGGUGAUUAUCGUGUUUAGGCCUGAAUGGGAAGUGAUAUUUCUAAUAUGAAAAUCUAGUCUAAUUAGAUUUUUGCUACAAAACAAUUUCCCAGCAAUGCAUCGUGGACAGGAAAGCCCCUUGAUGAAUGACUGGCUAAAUUCAGAAGUUUAAGGAAAAGGAAGGAACUCAGUUUCUAAGCCCUAGUUCUGAAAAAAAGGCUUUCUUUUCUUUUUUAGUGCUAAUCUUAUUUGUAAAGCCUUAUAAAUUCAUAGAAGAAACCAUUGGUACUUUUUUCCUUUAAUUGGGGCACAGGAUAUGGAUUCCGGUGGUGACCAGUGGUGUGAUUUGCAGGAGUGGGACCUUCCGUGCAUGGAGUAGCCUGCCAGGAAGGCUGGCCUCUGCUGCCUGAAGGGAUGUGGUCUCGAAUCAAGAGGCCCGGGUUUGAAUCCUGACUCAGUCACUGCCUAUCCGGGCAGUUUGGGGCAAGUGACAAACCCUCUGAGCCUUGACUUUCUUGUCUGUAAGUGGGGAUGGUAAUGCCUACUUUGUCAGGUGUUAUGAGGAGCAAAUCAAAUUGCGCUGUGGCUGUAAAAGCAUCUGGCAGGGUAACUGCUGGCCACGAGGACAGUGCUGCCUUGCAGGGGUACCCAGAUGUCCUAACCUUGGCGUGCUAGGCUGAUGGCCCAGCUCCCAGCCCCUCGGAGGCCUGGGGCUUGGACAGACUCCUCUCCUUCUUCCGGCCUGCAAGCUGGGCUUGAACACCCCCAGCGACUGGGGGCUCAUUCCUGGCAAAGGGCGUCUGGUCUCCCUGUACCCUCUCCCAACCUGUGCCUGUGGCCUCUGCCCUCAGGCAACUGCGGAGCAGGGGGCUCCUGGGUGACCCUGGUCUUGGUUGUUGGGCCCUUGCUUGAGAAGGAUCCCCUCCACCACGACACACCCCUUUCCGUGCUGUCAGGCGAGAGGCCCCAUCUCCACCGUCUCUGUAGUUCCUGUGCCCAGACUGUGCAGCUGCUUUUGUUCGUUCGUAGGAUUUCUAGAAGCGUGUGCAGGUGGGAGGAGGG